GUCAACGGGGGUGCGUGGAACUCAAAGUCGGAGCUUGAAGGCGCACGAUUUUUCAUAGCUGUCGAUGCCUCGCGUGCCAGCGACUGUUCUGGCGGAAACAAGUUACGAACGAGCGAAUGAACGACCGUCGUUUCGACGGCAGUCAAUCGUAUUGGAGCGCGAGAAACAGGUGGGCGCGAAAAGGACGGCGGGGCGGCGAAAAUGGCGGGUGAUGAAACAGCUGUUUUAGCGCGCGCCGCGCCAUCUGGCGGGGCGCGCGCGCGACACGGCACGCUACGGCAACGAAGAAGACAACGGCGGCGGCAGCAACGACGGCGACGGCGGCGGCCGCGAACGAGCGGACAAGAGUGAGACGUAUACGUGUCGUAAGCCGUUCGUGUCCGCAGUUCGGGUCGCAGUGGUCGACGGCGGCAAUUGAGACGGAGACAUGGCUGCCGGCUGUUGCGGCACGAAAAAGCAGAAGCUCAACAACUCCGCGGGCGUACCAUGCAACGGCACGGCGGUGCUGUCGAACGGCACGCGUAUACGUAACACACCGAUCGUGCAGCCCGAGAUGGGCUUUUACUGCUUCGACGUCCUCUACUGCCAACUGCACCAACUUGACCCACCAAAACCGCCCAACUUCAGCAACGAAGCAUUUCCCUUAUUUGUAACAUGGACUAUUGGAAAGGAUAUGCGACUACGUGGCUGUAUUGGUACAUUUAAUGCUAUGCACUUACAUGCAGGGCUUAGGGAAUAUGCUACUACUAGUGCUUUCAAAGAUUCACGAUUCAAUCCUAUAACGCGAGAGGAACUUCCACGCUUACAUGUAAGCGUUUCUAUAUUGCGGCAUUUUGAAGACGGCGUGGACUACUUAGAUUGGGAGAUAGGAGUCCAUGGGAUUCGCAUAGAGUUCCAUAAUGAAAAAGGCAACAAGAGAACUGCUACUUAUUUACCUGAUGUUGCGACUGAACAAGGUUGGGACCAGAUACAAACUAUAGACUCGCUAUUACAUAAGGGUGGUUACAAGGGGUUAGUUACACCGGAUAUUAGACGCAGUGUAAAACUGACGCGAUAUCAGAGUGAGAAGAUUACUGUAAGCUACCAAGACUACAUGACACAUUGGCAUAACCGACGAUGCUAGCAGCUGGCUUGGGGUCCUAUCCAAGGGCCCCUACCUUGCCAAACGCCUGGCACAUUUUGUUACAAAAAUAUUUCAGACACAGUUAAUACGUCUUAUUCACAAUACAGUACCACUCAAUACAAUUCUUUCAUGGCCAAUCAGCAGCAUACAUUAGUUAUGGUUCAGCCGAAUCACCCCUCAUUUAUACAUACACUUCCGCUGCCACCAAUUCCUCCGGUUGUGGUACCAAUGCAAAACUAUCCACCAUUCUGAUGGAAUUACGCGUACCGCAUCCUUCAGUACGCUAUAUCAUUAUUCUUUACAAACUUUUGUAAUACAGAGAAGUGAAUUAAAUGAAAUGCAUGAAAGAAUAUAAUACUGAAGGCGGUUGUUAUGUAUUGUCUUCUAUUACUUGAAUUGGUGUCUAUUAUAUUUUGAUUGUUUAUCAGCAUUUAUUAUCUCUAUUUCUUAUUCAUUGUCAGUUCUUGUAUAAUUUAUUCGUUUGCGAAAGAAAUGCGGAAAAAUACAAUAUUGAGUAUGGUGGCAAUGUUCUUCCAAAAUAUUUAUUGUAAACAUAAAUAAUAUUAUCGGCAUAGUAACAUUUGUAUAUGAUAGAAUCUUGUUCUCAUAUUGUACAAUUUUAUCAUUGUUAAAUUUGAAUUGAAAACAAAAAAAUCUAUGUGCGUGCAACAAUGCAAGUUUAGUUUUCUGUCAAACAUUUGCCUAGCCAUUGAUCGUCAUUGAUUAUAAUAAAAUGUAAAUAUACUAUUAUAGCUUUGCCAUCAUGCUAGGACGUUAGAUACACAUUAGUAUUUCUGAAAUGAAUGAUGCGGAGAAUUUCCGAAUACACAAUAUUGUCCAUAUAAUAAGUUGUGACUAUAUUAGUCCAUCCAUUCGAUAAUGCACAGUGAUUAUGGUUGCUUAUCUUUGUUCAUUUAAAACAGAUAAAUUAAUAGAUAAAUGAUCAGAAAAUAUUUCCGAAUAAUGAAAUAUUUUGUUUUUUAAAUAACAUUUAGAGAAAAAUUUAAUUGAAACAUUUUGUAGAACAGUACGUAUACACUAGAACAUAAAAAUUAUUUUCUUUCUAAGAUAUAAUCAUUAAUUCAUACUUGCGUAACAUUUGACACAAUAAGACGUCUGAAUAGAAUUUCUUUGCAUCAAUGGUAUAAAUAAAAGUCUUCGUUAAAUUAGUAUUACAUGGUGUAUUGUACUGAUUUAUUUAUGAACGUUAAUUCUUUUAUCUAUUCUGAAUAAUAUAUACAGAUUGUACACUGAAACACAAAAGAGAUAUAUGAUAUUGU